AUGGACACUCGGGCGCGAACGCUCAAUCCGCUCUUAACUGAGACGGAGCAUCCCAGCUUACGCGGCACGCCUUUGGCAAUGCUGGCGGCGCAGUGUAAUAAGCUAUCGAGCAAAUCUCCUCCGCCUCUGGCUGACGCGGCUGUCGGGAAGGGCUUUCAUCCCUGGAAGAAAAGCCCAGGAACACAUUCACCACCGGGCGCCGGAGUGGCCCCUCGUUCACAGCCACCCUCUUGCACACCCUACGGCCGCGGCCCGACGGCAUGCGCAGCUGCACCCACCUACGGAAAUGACAUAUACUUCCCAUCCUCAGGAGACCAACUAUUAGGAAAAAGUGAAUCGAGCGCGAGCCUGGGUUCAAUGUACUCAAGACACCCCUAUGAAUCGUGGCCCUUUAACGUUGGUGGAGGAGGCGGCGGUGGGGCGCUCAAGGCUGCCGAAAUGGGGGGCGUCAGUGCUGUCGGCAGUACUUGGUGGGACGUCCACAGUGGUUGGCUCGAUGUUGGAGGGCAAAUGGCAAAUUAUGCCGGUCAAGAUUAUUCACAACUUACCCAUUCCCUGUCUGGUGGAGCGCAUUUACUUCCACCAGCUCCACACCUCUUACAAGACGCUUACAAAUCAGUAUUGCCGACGCAAGGAUCGUUUGGAUUACACGCGCCUGGCUCUCCAGCUCCUCCAGCGCAGGCACCCUCACCCCGGUCCCAGCGGCGAUACGCCGGUCGAGCGACUUGCGACUGUCCCAAUUGUCAAGAAGCCGAACGACUGGGACCCGCUGGAGCUCACCUCCGCAAAAAGAACAUUCAUAGUUGUCACAUUCCUGGCUGCGGAAAAGUGUACGGAAAGACUUCACACUUAAAGGCCCAUUUACGCUGGCACACCGGUGAACGACCUUUCGUAUGUAAUUGGCUAUUCUGCGGCAAGCGAUUUACGCGGUCAGACGAACUGCAAAGACAUCUUCGGACUCAUACUGGUGAAAAGAGGUUCGCAUGUCCCGUGUGUAACAAGAGGUUUAUGAGAUCGGAUCACUUAGCCAAGCACGUGAAAACUCACAACGGAGGCAAGAAAGGAAGUUCAGACUCGUGUUCGGAUUCAGAGGAGAACAGCCAAGGGGAAUGUGGAGUGGGUGGGCGGUCACCUGAGCACCAGUUGGACGUGAAGCCCGGGCCGCUGUGA